CGGGGGCCCAAGUCAAGGCCAUCGUGGCACAGGGCGGUAGCCACGGCACCCAUGGGCGCCCGAGCAUGGGCACGGACGUGGGCGCGAGCGCAGCAUGGAACUCCCAAGGGGUGGGCCUGGCAUGAGUUGGCAGCGUCCAUGCCAAGGCCGUGGCACGGGGUCGCGGUCGAGACAUGCUAGAGCACGCUGGAGCAGCCCAGAAAACUCCAAAAGCUCCUGGGUGCAGAGAUGGUUUCCAGACAGGAGUCUGGAUGGGCUUAAUUGGGCCAAGCCCAACCAAGGAAGUCUCCAGAAGCAACCUGUGAGAAAGGAUAAUGACGUGAACAGUGGUCUGGAUAAGAAUGUGAACAGUGGUCUGAACCUGGGCUGCAUGGGGAAAAUUCUAGAGCCUUGUAGAUAAUUCUAGGAUAGGGAAUUCUAGAAUAUUGUAGGCUAGGCUUAAGAGGGCGAAUGGAGGGUAUUCCAGUAAUUGUACAAAUGAGGAGAUUUUUGUGGAGUGUUCUAGAGACACCUGCAGAGAGCUCUUGGGCUGGACUCUCCUAUAAAUAGGGGUGGCCUUA